CCCAUCUAAAACCCUACCUCUUUUAUCUCCAUCAGGGUUUCAGUUCCAGAAAUGGCGACUUCUCUCCUCACUCGUUCCCUCCUCCUCCAAAAAAUCACCUCCAAAACAAUAAUCUCCUCCAUUCUCUCCCGACCCUUCACUUCCCUCUCCGCCACUUCCUCCGCCUCCUCCACUCUCCUCCGCCGUGCUCUUCGUCCUCUCUCCGCUGCAGCCAACAUCAAUCGCUCUGUCUCUCGGAUUUCAUCCAGGUCGUUUUCUGUCAACCCAUCAUCGUCUUCUCUUAACGACCCAAGCCCUAACUGGUCCAACAGACCUCCAAAAGAGACUAUCUUGCUUGAUGGCUGCGAUUUUGAGCAUUGGCUCGUCGUCAUGGAUAAGCCUGAAGGAGAUCCUACUCGUGACGAGAUCAUCGAUUCUUAUAUUAAAACCCUUGCUGAAGUUGUUGGAAGUGAGGAAGAAGCGAGGAAAAAGAUCUAUUCAGUUUCUACUCGAUGCUACUUUGCCUUUGGAGCUCUGGUGUCCGAAGAGGUUUCAUACAAGAUCAAAGAAUUGAAAAAUGUUCGCUGGGUUCUUCCAGAUUCAUACUUAGAUGUGAAGAACAAAGAUUAUGGAGGGGAGCCAUUUAUUGAUGGGAAAGCUGUGCCCUAUGACCCAAAAUAUCAUGAGGAAUGGAUAAGGAACAAUGCGAGGGCAAAUGAAAGAAAUAGGCGCAAUGAUCGACCUCGUAACGUCGACAGAUCAAGAAAUUUCGACAGAAGAAGGGAAAACAUGCAGCAGCGCGAUGGAGCUCCGCCUCCUCCUAUGGCUAAUCAGGCUAUGCAAAACCCUGCUCCCAAUGUGGCUGGACAACCACAAAACAUGGGCAGACAAGGUGGACUGCCACCGUCGCCACAGAACAGCUACAGGGUGGGACCAGGUGGACCACCGCCUAACAACUAUAACAUGGGUGGACCCCCGAACAUUGGUGGACCAGGUGGACCACGGCCUAAUAACUAUGCAGGUGGGCAACAGAACAAUAUGAAUAGAGGGCCACAGAACAUGCCACCACAAAACUACAUGCCACCACAGAACAACAUGCCCCUGCAGAACAACAUGCCGCCGCAAAACUAUGUGCCCCCUCAAAACAACUACAUUCCCCCACAGAACAACAUGCCUCCACAGAACAACAUGGGAGGAUGGUCCAGUGACAUGCCUGGGAACAUGCAGCACAACUUCCAGAGUGGGCCUAAUGAUGGAGGCUAUCAAGGUGGGCCACCAAACUACCAGAACAGCUACCCUCCAAGCAGGGAUUGAAGCAUGCAUGGUUGAAACACUUAUGCAGCUUAUAUAAUCCCCUGAAUAGACCAUAUUCUUGAUGCUGUGUAGAUAUGCAAGAUAUUUCAAAUUUCUAGGACUUGUGGUGUUGAUGGUACUUUUCACUUUACCUGGCACGAUGCUGUUUAAGGCAUGCUUUAAUAUCUGAUUUUCUAUCUUGCGAUUUUAA